CGCAUUUGAAUAUGGUUCAUGGGUUUUGUGAGCUAAAAUCGUGGUGAAAUUUAGUCUCAAAGAUCUUCUGUCACAGCAGUCUUCAAUCACUAAAAUACAUUGACUAUUUCAACACACAGCAUUGACUGAUGAAAGUCAAUCCUUGGAACUCACCUCGAGGCGAUGUGUUUUUCAGCGCGCUUUGCAUGAUACCUUUUCGCGCCACAGGACAAAAGCAGAUCUGAUCAAGAGUGAAAGGUAAUAAUACCAACUUCAUCAACGAUAGAUUGCAGUUUUAACGAUAUCAUAAUGAAUGUAAAUGAAAAAUACAGGGGAAAAACAUCCUGAAUGCAAAAUGGGUUUCAUUAGGUCAAAAAUAAAUACGACAUUACAAUAAAGCCGAAAGGAACUUUUAGCAAGAUGAACUUCAAAGUAGGGAGUGCUCAGUUUGUUGUUGUUGUUUUUUAGCUUUGUUUUGUCUUGCUCUUUGCUGUUUUGUGUUUCUGGUUCCUCUUUUUUCAGCUAGCUUUGGACUUCCUGUGGAAACCGACCAGGCUACUAAGCAAAACGCUAGGCUACCAAGCUAAACAAGAGAAGUUGUGAAGGAAAUCAAAUCAAGAAAAUUAGUGAGGUUAUUGGAGGCUUUCUUUCCUUGCAAUCGCACAUAUUUCAACUGCUUCUUGCGGUUAUGGAAUCUUCACUUGGUCAUGUUACUACUUCUCUUGAAAAUUUUCUUGAAUUUACUGAAUCGCUUCCAGACGACAUGCAAAGAAGUAUGACACAGAUGAGAGAACUAGACCGUCAUUAUCAGGAUCGGUUAAAGGAAAUAGAAAGACUUAUACACUCAUAUCGUAGAGAAAAAGAUUCAGCACUAAAGAGAAAGUACCUUAUUCAAAUACAGAGAAGAUUAGUAAAAAGCCAAGAAUAUGGUGAUGAGAAAUUGCAGUUAGUUGGUCAUAUGAUGGAUUUAGUUGACAAUAAAAGUCGUCAGGUUGAGAUUGAUAUGGAAAACCUUGAAACAUAUAGAAAUGAUGAUACACCAACACCAAUUAUAAAACAUGAUUCUCCUGCAGUAUCUCUACAUGAAGAGCAUGUUUCAGUCACAAAAACAACAGAGAAGACAAAAAGAAAUAGACGACAAAGAAACCACGACAAACGAGAAUCAGAAACUGGUGGAGGAUCAUCAGGUGGUGGAGAAAAUCAAAAACCAGUCAAGAAAAAAGCAAAAGUCAGCAGAAAGAAAACCAAGAAUCAAAGCUCACCUCAAGCAGAUAUCCCUAUUGAUCCUAAUGAACCUACAUACUGCCUGUGCAAACAGGUUUCAUUUGGAGAAAUGAUUGGAUGUGAUAACGAUGAGUGUGAGAUAGAAUGGUUUCAUUUUCAAUGUGUUGGUCUUACUACAAAACCCAAAGGGAAAUGGUAUUGUCCAAAGUGUACGCCACCAGAAAGAAAGAAAGAUCGAAACUACAACAAAUAAAACCAUUGCUGUUAUUGUACAUAGUGUCAUUUAGCUUAAAAGAAGAAUAUGUUUCUGAAUAAUAGACAUGCUUGGACUAAUUUACUUGUAUACUCUUCUGAGCUCCAAUAAAACUGAUUUCAUAGA